UGAAAAAGCUGUUGACUCCGAGACGGAGGCUCUUCUCGCUCGAGCGUUCGAGGGUUGGUCGGUCAAGAGAAAGAGGUUUCAGUUUAGCUACAGGAUGGCACUGAAUAUGAUCCAGGAUGUCAAGAUAUCUCUGCCGUUUACUCCAGAACCUCCUCUUACUCCUGUGUUCAAUCUCACUUGGGAUUUCCAAAACCUCAGCACUUUAGCAGGGGAUACACCAAGACGUUGCUUAGACCUGUCCAAUCUCAACAGUGGAGAAGAGGAAAUUGCUUUCACCUUCAACCAGUCCCCAGGAGCACUGGAGAUUGAUAAAAAUAACUUAACAGAAUUCCAGGAUCAGCUAGACUCAAGGAAACAGUCUGUGCAGUUGCUCCAGCCUGAAGUAUUGUGCAGCACACCAAGUUACCUCCAGCAAAUUAGCGAGAAAAUUCUGUGUCCUUCGAUGAACAAGAGAAAUAAAGCAGAGGAUUUCAUGGACCGUGAGAUGAAAUGCCUUGGUGGCCCAAUAGAUGCUUCAGGAAUCCCAGAAACCUUGGAUAGCUUUUCUGAUGAGCUCUGUUCCAGUGAAAAGGAAGAAACAGAGAAAUCCCUUUCUGGGCACCACUCAAGCAUGGCUGCCUUGUUGUCUGGACCACUCUGUGCUCAGGACGUCAAUAUCAGUGAGCAGGUCUCCAUGAACAAGAGCUGCCUCUUCCGAUCUCCAUCUCUGCCAACAAAACUAAAUAGACCUGCAUCAAAGAAGACAGUGAAAAGCUAUGAUGAUGAAACAUCAGCUAAAGUGACAUGGAAGUGCAGCCCAAUCCAAGAAGGGCCAGAUAGGGUUAUGCUUUUGAAGAAAACAGCCUCUCUUUCUGACAUCGAGAUCGUCAGAGCCCUUGAUCAAGACCACGGCUUCAGGCAGUUAAUUGGUGAUUUCUCUAGCGUCUAUGCAUUGCCAACUGUCACAGGAAGGCAUUCAGAUCUGAGAUAUAUCACUGCAGAUACUAUCGUAGCACUGCUCCACAAUCAAUUUCAAAGCCUUAUAGAGAAGUUCUACAUUAUUGACUGCCGCUAUCCCUAUGAAUAUCAUGGGGGCCACAUCAAGGGGGCCUUGAAUAUUCACAGACAAGAUGACUUAUUUGAACUUUUCCUGAGGAAGCCUCUGCUUCCAUCAUCACCUCAGAAGCGCCUCAUCCUUGUAUUCCAUUGUGAAUUUUCUUCUGAAAGGGGUCCCAAGAUGUGUCGUUACCUGAGGGAGGAAGACCGAGCCAUGAAUGAAUAUCCUGCCUUGCACUACCCUGAACUUUAUGUCCUCCAAGGUGGCUACAAGGAGUUCUUUCUAGAAAACAAGGAGCUAUGUGAACCACAGAGUUACUGUCCCAUGGAUCACCAGGAUUUCAAGGCAGAGAUGGUCAAGUUCCAUGUUAAAAGCAAGACCUGGGCAGGGGAACGGAGGCGCAGAGAUCACAUUGUUCGUCUCAUGAAGCUAUGAGUUCAGAGCCAGUA